AUGCCACCAGUGCGAACCACACCGCCCCAAAAGUCCCUGAAGACUCAACGAACUCAACGAUCUCAAGAGGAGAAUGUGGAAAGAGCAUAUAUCGCGGCGUCGAGAAGGAAUGAUCGAACUCUGGAGGCUCGAGUGGAAUCGGCAAGGAGGGCGUCAGAAGUUCACAAACGUAGAACGGGUCGGGCACUCCGUAUCACCCCCGAAGAUGUCUUGAACGACGAGAUGUAUGAAGAAGAGGGGGACGACUUGCCAACACAAUAUCGACGCCUCACCGCCCAUCUGCAGACCGGGUCCGCCGAUUUCAACCGCCGCUUCGCAGCUUACUUGACACACCAAGUGGCGGUCCGGAGUGCAAUAGCCCAAAUGGCCCAAGGUCCUCAAGGCCAGUGUCUCAACGGCGGCUACAAUAUGUUCUCUUCUCCCAUGCAGCCUCAGCAUGGAAUGGCUUUGUCACCGGGAGCGUACCAGCGACUUGCCCCGUACCCUUCGCCUCACCAAGCCAACUUGCCUCAGAACAACGGAAGAGAGACAGACUCUCUCGCAUCAGCAUUCAAGGAUCAAGAGUCAACAUCGCCCUCAACACCUUCCCCCCCAGGCUCGAUGGAACAUGGACAGUUCUCGACUCCGGCCUCAACGCGGCUUACCGACAAUGUAUCUAGACAGCAUGUCAAGAUCGAGAAAUUGCAAGCAGAUCUGGACUCUCUGCCACAGACUCAAUGCGCUACAAUGCCUCAGAGCAUAUCAACUCCAUUCGCUCCUUUAUGGCAGGACAUGGGGCCCUUUGCCACAUCCCUGCCUCCAAACUCGCAGCAGAUGCUUGCGGACGCACCUGGCUUUGAUUUCAAUGACCCUUUUUAUGCCAUGCUCAUGCAUGGUUCGGACCAGCUCCUCAGCAACCCAUAUUACCCUUGGAGAAACAUGCAUGCUUCCAUCAAAGGCAUGUCCGCCUACCCCUCGGCGUACCAGGGAAUGUACGAAACGCUGGCGCCUGCUGCACUUGGAAGUCCCGCUGAGGACUUAUCGAAGAGCACUGGUGCUAACAUCUCCACACUUACUGCGGCACAUGAACCUGCUUCUGCAGAACCUGCUGACCCAAAACUUCUCCGAAGCGCAGGUGCAGACUUUAUUAAGCAAGAAAGCAGAGAGCCCAGCUUUGUCGCUGCUGGUGAAAGCCUGGAUUCUGGUCAGGCUACCCCUGCCAAAGAAGGAUUCUGGGAUUACUUUGUCAGGGACGGUAGCUGGGAGGGUGGUAAUGACGGAGCAUACGCCGUUCCCAGCGAAAAUAACCCGGAUAGUGCCGGUGUAGAGUCGAAGGUCGAGGUCCACGAUUGA